AUGACUUCUCCCUCUCCUCCAAGAACUGGAACCGGCACUGGCACCUAUCACGACUCUCCACGAACCUAUGAUUCUGGCCGCACUUUGAGCAGCUCUGUCGCUGGCAGAUCUGCCCGUCUACGCCCGCCUCGGUCCCUCCCACCCUGGAUUGAUUCAUGGGACGACAAACAUGGCUCAGUAAGCGACGACCAACUGCGGCUGCUCCAGCCUCCCACUCGCGCUGUCCCACCACAACAUAACUCGUCACCAAGUGAUCCCCAAAGACGAAUCUCGAAAGAUGGCUUCGUCGAUCCGCAAGAUCCUCUUGUUGGCCAGGGCCAGGAAACUAGAGGCAAAAUCCCCCAUUUUAUGCGCUAUGGCCGCGCCUCGAUGCGUGGCAGGAAAUGGGACCAUCUGAGAUCCGCAGAGCCCGUCAUUGUGCCGGGACAUAAACCAGCAUUAACCUCACAGCCGAACAUAGCAUGGCAAGACUUUGUCCAAUCUUCGGCAUGGGGUCGCAUGACCAACGAGGACUCGAAAGUGGUGGACGUUGAGGCUCUAAACGACCUACAACCGAAUUUCAACACACCAGCCCGCCACCCUUACGAUGCACAAGAAGCCAGGGUUUCACGGAAGAAGAGGACGCUAGCUCCGUACAAACGUUUAUGGAAUAUAGCUAUUCGGCACUCUCUUGCCCCUCUAAUGUUUAGACUGAGCGUCAUGGUCACUUCUAUCAUUGCCCUUGCUAUUGCAGCGCGGAUCCACCUGCUUGAAGACGUUGAUAGCACAGAUUCAGCAGAAGAGACACAAUCCAUAGUUGCCGUGGCCGUAGAUUGCGUGGCUAUUCCAUACAUUGGUUAUAUGAUCUGGGAUGAGUACACAGGCAAGCCUUUGGGGUUACGAUCUGUUGUCUCCAAAAUCUCUCUCAUCUUGCUGGACCUCUUUUUCAUCAUCUUCAAGUCGGCAAGCACAGCACUUGCGUUCGAGAGCCUUGUCUAUCAUAACUUGUCCGACACAGCAGUGAGGAGCUUGUCAAAAGCGCUGGCAGCAUUCAUGCUCAUGGGACUGAUUGCUUGGACGAUGAACUUUGCAGUCAACAUAUUCCGCACAGUGGAACGCCUGGGAGGAGGUGAAGAUGAUGGGCUGCAUAUCUAG